CCAAAACCCUAAGAGGUGCCCGUCUCUCUCGUACAAAUACCUCACUCUCCAUUUUCUUCUUCCACUCAGCCGUUUGUUUGUUAGCACCGCCGCAAAGAUGCAGAUCUUCGUUAAAACCCUAACGGGGAAGACCAUCACCCUCGAGGUCGAGUCCUCCGACACCAUCGACAACGUCAAGGCCAAGAUCCAGGACAAGGAAGGCAUCCCUCCGGACCAGCAGCGACUGAUCUUCGCCGGGAAACAGCUGGAAGACGGCCGUACCCUCGCCGACUACAACAUCCAGAAGGAGUCGACGCUUCAUCUCGUCCUCCGUCUCCGUGGUGGUGCCAAGAAGAGGAAGAAGAAGACGUACACCAAGCCGAAGAAGAUCAAGCACAAGCACAAGAAGGUGAAGCUCGCGGUGCUCCAGUUCUACAAGGUCGAUGGAUCUGGUAAAGUGCAGAGGCUGAGGAAAGAGUGUCCUAACGCGACUUGCGGUGCUGGAACUUUCAUGGCGAGUCAUUUCGAUCGUCAUUACUGUGGUAAGUGUGGGCUUACUUACGUUUACCAGAAAGAGGGAGCUGAAGCAUGAUCUCUCUCUCGCUGUCUCUUUUUUCUCUAUCUUUAAUUUCGUUUUUUGGUAAUUUCAUAAACUUGUAAUGGAUUCGAUGUUUGAACAUGUUUUGCUCUGGAUUUUUUUUAUCUAGAUCGAUGAGUUUUAUAAGGUGUUUAAUUAUGUUGGUCCUUUGAUUAGUCUUAAUUACACUUCUUGCAACUUAUAUAA